AUGCACCACAAGCUCCUUCUAACAAUCUCUCUCCUCCCCACUCUCUACGGAGCACCUGCACCUGCACCUAUCCCAGACGUAGCAAAUGAUAAUCAUUCACCUUACUACUCUCCACCCUCCGUCUCUGUUCCUUCUCUUCCUGCCCCAGCCGUCCCAUCAGUUCCUGCUGCUGGUGGUAGUACUGGUAGUAGUGAUCCACUUGGACUAGGUGGUCUUUUAGGUGGUCUCCUUGGUGGUCUUGGUGGACUAGGUGGUGGUGGAGGAACUGCUCCAGUUGCAAGUAUCCCAGCUUUGCCUGCUCCAAGUGUGCCAAUUUUGCCGACAAGUCAUAAUUAUCCUACACCUGUCCCGCAGGUUUCGGCUACUUUGCCUCUGGGUGGAGGAGGUCCGGUUGUUUCUGCUACAAUCCCUAUCGGUGGUGGAGGUGUUUCGAUUGGUGGCGGCGCAUCGGCUUCUGCUACUAUUCCUAUUAUUUCUGCUACUCUUCCAGCUGUUGGUGGUGGCUCAGGAUCGAGUGUGGGAUAUAAUGGUGGUGGUGCAAGUGGAAGCAGUGGAAGUGGACCUGGCAUAUCUGUUUCAGUACCUAUUCCAACCGGUGGUAUUUCAGUUGGUGUUGGAACUUCAGAUGCAGUCACUGCUUCACUUCCUGGUGCUACUAUUUCUAUAACACAGCCUGGUGGACCAAUUGCUACUUCUGAUCCUGCAUCGAGUGGUUGUCCGGCUAAGGAUUUGUCGACGUAUUCACUUGUGAUUGCUUCUACUGUUCCUCAGAUAACAACUACCAUCUCACAUUUUACUGUUCCAGUCGUUGAAACAAUUUCCACAAAUUAUGUGCAAGUCAUUUACUCGACGGUUACCAUUCCAACUACAGUGUUGAAGACGAGUCAAAGUACUGGAACAACAACAAUUGUUGCUACUUCUAUCGUUACCAGUCUUCAAACCUCUCUUACAGCAAUCUGUCAAGGUGGUGAUUUCCCUGCAGCUCCCACUGGUUCUGGUUCUGUGCCAAGUGGAUCUAGUGCCAAUGGUGCUGCAAGCUCAAGUGCACCAGGUGCUACCAUUAGUGUUGGACUUCCAAAUGGUGGAAGUGGAAGUGGAAGUGGAGGAAGCAGUGGAUCUGGAACUCCAACAGGAGGAAGCGGAAGUGGAAAUGGGAAUUAUGGUGGAUAUUACUCCAGAAUCUGA